AUGAAUGAGAAAAAUUUAUUAGAUAAUAUUGAGUUAGAAGAUGAAGUUCAGAUAGAUAAAACAACGAUUGUAAAACAAUGUAUGAACUUUUCUGAAGAAGAGAAAAAUGAAUAUAUGAAAGAUGAUUCAGAUAAUUUAAGCAAAUCAGAAGUUAUGACUGAUUUAUAUGAAGAAACAUUUUAA